GGUACGCAUUGCGAGUCACUGACUGUCUGUACGACGUUCUUCCUGCUUUUAGAACAACACUAAGCAAACACAAAUGUUUUACUACGGCGGAGCGAAGUAGCUACUGAGAAGCUCGCACGAUGUGCGGAUGACGCCUUCUGGAUACACAAAGGACAAGGUUAAACUUAAUUUAAUUACAGAAAGAGUUCUACCAGUGGCACUUUUCCGUUCGUUGAUAACUUGUUGUUGUGUUAAACUAUGUAAAGUCUCAACAAUAAUUCAAAGAAGUUAGAGACGCGCCUGGACUGCUUCAGCUUCUGACGGAAUGCCCUAAGUCUUCAAGGCGUGUAUUCAGAAUCAAACGAUAUAAUUUGUGAUAUUUGCAACGGAUGGGUGUCGGUUACCCAACUGACUAAGCAGCUGCCAUGAUGGGCUCCUGGACCCCCAGACUAGACCAGGACUAAGGCCCUCAUGGGCCCCUGCUCAGCCAGCAGGCUACUAUGGCAGCGUAUGCCCUCAACACUCUAAUCAUGAUGAACACCAAUAACCUGAAGAGUGAGAGCUGUCCCCGUUCUGGCCGGCCAGUACUACCGGUGCCCGACCGCUCUACAUACUGCCCCUUGCUAGGUGGAGGCCCCUACAGCCCUGCCAGCCUCAGCCCCAGUGGGGGUUCCUUUGUGUUUCCCCCCUCUGGCCCCCCCAGCCCUCGCACCCUUUCACCCACCCCCUCCAGCCCCCGUGCCCGCUCCCCUGGCCGCCGGCCAGACACCCUGGGGGUGAUGGUGGGCAACCGUGUGCGUCGGCUGAGCUCUGGAGGAGGAGGGGCAGGGGAGGAGGAGGCUAACGGUGAAGUGCAGGCACGGAGAUCCGUCCAGGCCCUGCAGAUAAGCCGGCAGCUGCAGAACGUGGAGGUGAUAAAGAAGGUGGGUCUAUUCGAGGCUCAGAUCUCCGGUCUCAGAGCCGAGGUGCAGACUGCAGAGCUGCAACGUAGCCCCAGACCCUCGCGCAGAACUGUCUCCUCCCCCCAAACUCUCAGCCCCGCCCUAGGCCCGCCCCAAGCCCCGCCCAGCCCCCAGUCCAGGGACAGCCCAUUCCUGGGGAUUCCCAAUGGGAGGGGGGCAUGGAGAGGGGAUGAAGGAGACGAGAGCAGCAGGACUAAGCUAAAUAGGGAGGCGAGCAGCGAGACUGGAAACAGAACAGGAGGAUGUCAGACUGAAUGGCUCAGUUCUGCAAGCAGUCACAACAGCCACUCCUCUGUGAGCACAGCACUAACUGGCAGCUCUCUGCCUGGGGGAGAGAACAGGCGGGAGACAGAGGAGAGAGAAGACAGAGGGGAGAGAGAACAACAGCUAGGAGGUCCCCAGACCAAGACGUUUCUAAGAGAGCCAGCAGGAGAAGAGCCAACGGAAACCUAUCCGACAGAGUGCACCUUGGCCAGGACUGGUGACGAGGGCCGCCUCCUGGAACUGGGGUCUGCCCCCACCCCCAGCCUUUCCACCUUCACACCCAGCCUUUCAAACCCCAAUCCCAGCCUCUCCACCACCAACCCCAGCCUCUCCACCCUUACCCCCACCCCCAGCCUCUCCACCCCCAUCCCCAGCAUUUCCACCCCCACCAUUCCCGCCGUUAUAGUCACCCUCCACGGUAUGGAAGGCCCAGCAGAGGGCCCAGAUGCAGGGGGAUCUGGCCAGCAUCAGGCCUGCCCCAGCCCCGGUCCCAACCCAAGCCCUGGCCACAGCCCCCGCUCCAUUCGCUCCCUCAGGAAGCUCUCCUCUUCCUCAGCCUCCUCCACUGGUUUCUCCUCGUCCUGGGAGGAAUCAGAAGAUGACAUUUCCAGUGACCCGGAGAGGACUGAGGGACUCGUGCCUGCCCUGCUCAACACCCAGCAAAGAGCUCACAAGUCAUGGAAGAAGAUCAAAAAUAUGGUCCACUGGUCCCCCUUUGUAAUGUCAUUCAAGAAGAAGUAUCCAUGGAUACAGCUUGCAGGGCAUGCAGGCAGUUUCAAGGCGGGGGCUAACGGGCGUAUCCUGAAGAAGCACUGUGACUGUGAGCAGCGCUGCCUGGACUGGCUCAUGAGGGACGUGCUGCGGCCGUACAUCCCGGCCUAUCACGGGGACGUGGAGAAGGACGGGGAGAAGUACAACCAGAUGGACGACCUGCUGGCUGAGUUUGACCUGCCUUGUGUCAUGGACUGUAAGAUGGGAGUCAGGACGUACCUGGAGGAGGAGCUGACGAAGGCCCGGAAGAAGCCCAGCCUGAGGGAGGACAUGUACGCCAAGAUGGUGGAGGUGGACCCUGAGGCCCCCACCCCGGACGAGCGCCAGCAGCAGGCCGUCACCAAGCCCAGGUACAUGCAGUGGAGAGAGACCAUCUCCUCCACUGCCACACUGGGCUUCAGGAUCGAGGGCAUCAAGAAGGAGGACGGAACCGUGAACAGAGACUUUAAGAAGACCAGGACUAGAGAGCAGGUCACAGGGGCCUUUCAGGACUUUGUGAAAGGAAACCAUAACAUCCUGAUGUGCUAUCUGGACAGACUGAAGGAAAUCAGGGAUACGCUGGAGAUAUCUCCCUUCUUCAAAACUCAUGAGGUGAUUGGCAGCUCUCUGCUGUUCGUCCAUGACCAUCGUGAGCAGGCCAAGGUGUGGAUGAUUGACUUUGGGAAGACGACUCCCCUGGCAGAGGGCCAGGAGCUGAGCCAUAGGGCCACCUGGGCGGAGGGGAACCGCGAGGACGGCUACCUGUAUGGCCUCGACAACCUCACAGACAUCAUCACCUCCAUGGUCACCAACUCUGAGAACAGGGCUGUGUCUAAUUCCCUCACCCCUCCACAUGAGGAUGCCCUGACCCCUGACCCCUACACAUGAGAAUAUCCUGACCCCUGACCUCUCUGAAAUCAGGAUAACCCUGUUCCCUCCCUAUGAGGGUAACACUGACCCCUGACCCCUCCACACAAGGAUACCCCCCUUUAUCCCUCCCCUUCUGUCCUUCAUGUUCUCCACCCCUCCAUCAUCACCAUGAAGACAGACUGAUAGUCCCCAGUGAUGACUGAGGUGUCACAUGAUCACUCGUGUGCGUUAACAUGUAGAUUCUGUACAUACAGCUGUACAGUUACUGUGAUGCUAUUGGUCCAGAAUGUAGCCGAAAGGUUCCUUAGUGUGUGGCUACAGGUUCAGACCUUAGCCUAUGGGAUGAUCUUAUUGGUCCAAUUAUAUUGGACCAUUGCUUAUAGACCCUUCUCUGCAACCGGUUUUAACACUUUCUGGAGAUUGUAGUCUAUUGUUUUUAUUAUGUAGGGGACUUGUUCAUGUAAAUGUAGUCUUAGCUAACAUUUUUGAACGCGUAGCUCUGUCAAAGUUGUAACAUGAUAAUGUUUAUAUGAGCUGCAACAAUGACUAAGGUGCUUGACCUUGAAUGACAGGGCAAACAACUGAAGGCCUGUGGGAUUGGAUUCAGCUGUCUGUCGAUUCUUACCUUUACAAAACAGUUUGAAAUGUUAUAGCCUAGAUCAAAUUUCCUUUAAUCACCAUUCAUGCAUUCCUUCCUCUUUGUGUUGAAUUAUACUUUUGUAGAAGAUUAGAGUUGAGACAGUAUGCGGAUGCUAUCGUGUUUCAAUCCAAGUGCCUUAGUAAAGUACAAACGCCUCAAAUGCCUUUCACACCCCCUGACAAUGGAAGACGCCUUAAAUUAACAAGAUUUGGAGGAGAGGCACUGCAUUUUCAGCACAAAGGUCUUCAGUCUGAAGUUAUUUCAGUCCAAGGUGACCUAGUGUGUCUGGAAAAACCCUAAUACUGGCUUAGCACCUCAAAAUCUGAACACUGGGUUAGAACCGGAACUUUGGGUCGAGACUAAAGAACUCAAGCGCUGGGCUGUGACCCCUCAAAAGCACACCACUGGGUCGUGACCUCAGCACCAUAACAGCAGGUUUCACUGUCUGGUUUAGAAGGUUAGGACCAUAGCUCUGGCAAUAGUGAUUGGUUUCUCUCUGUCAUGAUGCAAGCACAACCCCUCAGACUGACUGCUGUUGUGUAACACACCUCGGGGGCUAACAAUAUUGAUAGUGUCGCCGUGACAGCACACCAUUGUGAUCCUUCUGACCUGCUCAGCUUCGUGUUGUCAGGCUCCAUUAGAUGAUUGGCUGUUUGCAUAAACAUUUGACUUUCAAAUGCAACAAUCGUGCAUCCUGACCAAGCAUCCUGACCACGCUAGCCAAACUGAAGCAGCCUGUUUUCAGCUGCUUGUUUAGAUCAGCCUGACCAAUGAGGGGACCAAGUUUAGAUUUAACCAGUGACACAUGGUGGUGGAGAAUAUCUCUUAGUUCUUAGGAAACAAGCCACAGAUGAGCCAAGUUAACUUGGACCAAACAGUACUUCUUCAAAGAUGCUCCUCCUGGUACACCAUCAUAUCUAUUCAGUCAUUCAACACUUCAACAUUCUCAGUCAGAGGAAAUGAGAGAGAGAGAUGUGGGACUAUUUUGAGUGUGUUUAGGGUAGCAAACUAAACUCCCAAAUGGCUCACUUCUCAAAACACUCAUAAGGUCUCCUUCUAUGAGUAAGUGAACGGGUACCAGCAUCCUGGACCGACUACCCCAGAACCCCUCAGUAUUCUAGAUUCACUAACCCCAGUGCCUUCAGUGUUCUAGAGUCACUAAUUCCAGUACCAUAAGCAUUCUAGAGUCACUAGCCCCAGAACCGUCAGCAUGCUGUCUCAAGAGUUCCACUUGUGGAAUGCCUAUAUCUUCACAUUUUAGAAGAUCAUAACAGCCUAGCUAAAUAGAGCAUUCUUCAUCAUUUACCCUUGAUAAGAUGUCGAGUUUUAGUAUUAGUUUUAAACUGCGGACAACAGGUCUAUGUUACUGAAGUACGGCUUGUGUGAACAAGUUGUGGUGAAAACUGGGAGUGGUCUGCCCUCUGCUGGCUCUGAGUGGUGUUACUUAAAAGACCUAACAAGGGUUUGUUUCCACAGUUUUGCAUUUUAAUUAAAGUCUUAACUUCAUCCAUUCUUUUCAGAUUUAAUUUAGAGAUGUUUGUCAAUUUUAUUUUAGAGAGUAAAGUUUUUGAACACUCCCUUCAAAGUAUCUUAGAUCGAUGAUAUACUUGUGUACCAUAUUUAUUUCUAUGUGACUUUUGCACAUAAACACUAAAUGUAGCCACGUG